AUGGGGGAACAGAACGCUCUCACAUCGGUCGCAUUGUCCUCUUCCUCUGUUCAGCUUCCGUCCAGUCGCUUCCGCUUCGUGUCGUGGCAUCGCCUGGAGCAGUGCGACGUCACCGGUGACCAGCUGACCUGCCCCCGGGUUAGAGAAGGGCCAUCAGAAGAGGACCUGUUUCUGAGGCAGGGGGCUGACCUCUUUUUGGAUCAUGGGAGGAGGAAGAGGAGAGAGGAGGAAGGCCAGAGAUGGGAGGAGAGACUGCAGGAGAAUUGGGAAAACUGUUUGGAGUUAAACCUUUCCUACCAGGACCUGGGCGAUCCUUACCAGCAGGAGAACUUCUUCCGCAUCCUUCGACGGUUGAUCCGUGUGGAGAAACUACAGCUGAUCGACAACUCUCUCACCAACCUGAGUUCUGUACGUCUGCCAAGGUGCAAGAUGCUGAAUGUGCACCGUAACCACCUGGUGUGUCUGCGUCAGCUGCCAAAGCUUCCCGUGGUGGAGCACCUCUGUCUGUCGGAGAAUGCCAUCAGCUCCCUGGAGGGGCUGGGGGUUCUGAGGAACAGCCCGCUGAAGACCCUGAAUCUGAGCCGCAACCCCGUGACCUUCACUCAGUCCUACCGAGCACGUGUUUUCUCCUGUUUGCCAAAUCUCCAGGUCUUGGACGGCAUCUUCAAGAUGCCAGAGGACUCGCUGCCCCCCAAAGGGCCAGAAAACACCAGGAUGUGCACCAUUUUGUGACCCUCCUCCAUAGAUUGGAAGUGUAUAGAUGGAAAUUAUCAGUGUCAGUGGAAAACAAGCAGGGUAGCUUUUUAUUUUGGUAUUUUCUAGUUUUGUUUUUUUUUUUUUUUUACAAACGGACACAAAUGUGGCAGAGUUACUUUAACGGUAAUGUGCAAUAUUUUUAGCUACCAAUAAUUCUGCUCAAAUAUUUCAAAACAAGAGCUAUUUGUACACAUUAAACACAUUUUUUUA